GUUAAACCAUGUCAAGAAAUUAAAAAAGUAAAAGUAAUAAAGGCAUGCAAUUAAAUUCAAAUAUCAUACAAUUUAUUGUAAUUUGUCUAGAUAUUGAAACAUGAAUUUGAUGUUGUAUUGCCGGAAAUAAAUGUGAUUUUUGUUAUGGACACAAACAAAAAAAAUUGUCAUACUAAGUAAUGAAAAAUUCAGAAACCAUAUCACAAAUAUUACACCUGUCUUGUAUAUCUUUGUCCUAACAAAAUUGAAGAACAUGAACAAUAAUAAGUAAAGAUAGUGCACAAAUUAUCUACCAACGUGUUUUAAUAGUGUCCUUAUCGAUUGAAAUAUUUGCGAAGACAUGUUCAUUGCAUUGUAUCUUAUCAUGGAAGCUUGUUUUUUGUAGAAAUAGUUAGAAUGAUUAGUUACAGUAGUUGAACUGUAGUUUUCUUCAUUUGAAAUAUUUUACCAUUAGUUAAAUUUUAAAUGAUAAACAGCUGAAUGGUAUGAGCCAUGUCAUUGUGAACUACUUUCCCAGAACAUUUUUGUAUAGAUAUCCUUUUAUGUUAAUGAAACUUUGUAUGCGGAAAACUAGGGGUGGUUCAACUUGUGCUUGAAAUUUGUUCUUGAACUGCAUGAAAAGGAAAUGCUAUAUAUCCUCAAUCUUGUAAGGUUUUAUUUUGAUAUUAGCCAUGUCACAGUGUUCGAAUUAGUGUCAUCUAUUUCAUAGAUAGCAAAUGUGGUGGGCUGAUGGCUUCUGUUGUGGCAUAGCAUCCUAGCACAUAGCUUGGCUGUUGAAGAAUGCUCAUAGAUGAGUCUAGUGGCCUGGAGAGUGCAAUAGUGGGUGGUGUGGAUACUAGUAACUGUUGUUUCUCUCUCUCCCCCCCCCCCUCUCUCACUCACAUGCAUGCACUAUCAUUCAUCCUCUUCCCCUCAUAAACAAGCUAAAAUGCCCAAAACUCCCUUCAACCAUGUAUAUUGAAUGGAUGGAUUUAUGAAAGAAUGAAAUGAAGUAAUUCCUUUUUAGUUAUUUGGUUAUAUUGAAAAGUGAAGGGAAAGAAGAAGAGAUAUGUAAAAGAUAUUUUACCCUUUUAAGAAUAACUUAGAUUGUUUUAUACAAAAUAGUUCAAGUACCCCGAUAUGGGGAAGAAAGUAUGAGUAGAUGCUUAUGAAGAAGAGAUGGCUGUUUUGAAAUAUGACAGAUCAAAUGUGUAAAGAGUGCAACAAAUAUGGUGGGAUGGAAAUUAAAUUUGCUUGGUCUCACAGAAAUAAUCCCUUUCUCUUCUCAUUUCGCUUCCCAAUCAAAACCCAAAUUCAUCAUUUCCUCCCAUUUCAAUCCUUCUUAACUCAGCCUAAACAAAGUGUAGGUGUGAAUUCAUCAUGUUGCGUCUAGGAGUAACGGUUGUCAUGCCGCAAAUUGUGGCUAAAAUUGCAUAAAACCGUGCCCAAAUCUAGAUCCGGGGCCACUCCCUAUGUUUUACUCAAAUGACAGAAAUACAUGUGAAGCAACGUUUCAAAGGGUUAAAAUGUUAAAUCGCAUGGGUCUUUAUAUUUAAUUUGACCUCUCAAACCGAUGAUUUUCACUUUCUCCCUGUUUGUGAAUUACUCCCACCCUUUCUCCCUUCGAGCCUUAAGCCUCUCUUCCUGAAUCCUUGUGUUUGUGCCUCUUGUUAGCCAACCUUGCCCCUAUUUUUCAAUUACUGGCAAGCUACUUCGGGUGAGUUUUCUAAUAGUAGAGCUAUAAUUUCCGGUGGGGAGUCUUACGGUUUUUUUAUGGGGAAAAAAUAUAAAAUUGCACAAGUCUUUAAUUUGACCUCUCAAACCCAUGAUUUUCACUUUCUCCCUCUUUGUGAAUCACUCCCAUCCUUUCUCCCUUUGAGCCCUAAAUUUGUCUUCAUGAAUCCUUGUGUUUGUGCCUCCUUUUAGCAUACCUUGACCCUAUUUUUCAAUUUUCGGCCAGGCUUUCUACUUCCUGUGAGUUUUCUGAUAGUAGAUCUAUAAUUUCUGGUGGAGAGUUUUAGGGUUUUUUUGAAGGGUAAAAAUUUAAAAUUGCUCAGGUCUUUCCUUUGACCUCUCAAACCCAUGAUUUUCACUUUCCCCCUCUUCAUGAAUCGUUCCCUGCCUUUCUCUAUUUGAGCCCUAAAUCUCUCUUCCUGAAUACUUGUGUCUGUGCCUCUUGUCAGCCAAUCUUUCCCCUAUUAGACAAGGUAAAAUUGUUCUUGUCUGAGGAUUUUCCCUCAAUAGUUGGUCAGAAAUCGCAAGAUCAUCUUCAAGCAAAGACAUCAUCAAUGUUACAUUCUAGUAUUAACGAACCUAAUGAUUUGCCCCCCGGGUUUGAAAGCAGUCAUUUCCUAAACCAACCAAAGGUUGAAUUCUCCAACAUUCCCCAGAUAAAAUGGGAAUGCCCUCCGGUGGUUGUUGUCAGAUCUCAAUGGCGUGUUGCAGCAGGUGAAGAAAGUAGGGAGAAAGAGAAUCAGAAACUGAGAGAAAUGAGGGUGCUUGAAGCACUUUAUCCCCGUCUUUCUGCCAUUCCUCCUAGCCCUUCUGUCUCUUUGGAUGUAGAAGAGGAAGAUUAUGAUGAUGGCAGAACUCCUCUCAUCCCUAUCAUUCCCAUUGAAGAGGAAGAAUCUACGGAUAUUCUGCCUGAAUUGGCAGUAGCACUGAAGCCUUCCCCCAAUGUGCAGUCGCAGAACUCUCAGCAAUAUAUAUCAGCGAAAACUUCCAUUAGUUCAGCCUCUAAUGCUGCACAUGCCGUUUCCUUGGAUCCUUGUAUAAGGCCCAUGGCUGGGGUAUCUUCUGGUAUGGAAGCUGAUUUAGCAGCAGCCUCUUCAGUUGUUGCAACCAUUAUAAGGAGUAAUGAGCAAGGAACCCUGAUUGAUAUGGAUUUACUGGGUAAAAUAUUUACUGAUCCAAAAAUACUUGAGCAGUUGAUUAAUGAACAUGGAACUGCAGCUACCACAGCAAGUGCUUCCUCAAAUACUGUGGAUAUACCCACUUCUGGGUUGAAGCCUGCUAUUCCAUCAGUUCUGGUGUCUACACCUACACCUGAUGUGACAGCUUCAUGGACUACACCCACAAGUGCAGUGGGUUCAUUACCUUCUGGGUUUGGGUUGAAGCCUUCAAAUCCAUCAGUUUCUUUAUUGAAUCCUACACCCACUCUGUCAGUGCCUGCAAUUCCAUCAGUUUCACUAUUGUCUUCUUCACAUGAUAAGCCAGUGACUGCAUCGGUUCCAUUGUCCAGGCCCGUUCCUGGUAUGCCAGUAACUCCCUCAGUUUCAAUGCUUACUCAUCAUACACCUGCACCUGAUAUGCACAGGCCCGUCAGCAAAAAUUUUCACCAUGUGUCGAGUGGAAUGCCCCCUGCUUUAAAUAACCAGUCUCAGCAAGAGACAGCUAUGGCAUCCGGGCCAAAGCGAGCCAACUACUAUAAAAACCUCAUCAGGCAACAUGGUGCAGACAAGCAAGACAUCCAGGACUCGCACAUAGGUAUCCGUCAUAGUAACUUCCAAGAUAUGAAACCGGUACAUAACAUUAAACAAAGAGAAGUGAAACCCAAAAUCCUGAAACCAUGCAUAUAUUUUAAAAGCCCAAGGGGGUGCCGAAAUGGUUCCAAUUGCUCCUACCAGCAUGAUGUUUCAGCUCAGGAGGGAGCUGGUAACGUCUUAAGGGCACAGAGUGCAAAAAGAUUGAAAUUGGGAGGGGAGAACUAAAUCUUAAAGAGGCAUAUCUUGACGGUAAAAAAUAUAAUGUUUCUUUUUGUUUCACCGUACAGAACUUGAACAUAAGAAAGUGGGGGUUGGAAAGAGGGAGGAGGAGUAAAAAGUGGGACAUUGAUUAAUUGGUGGUUUACUAAGUUUUCUGGAAGUGUUUUUGGUGGCGGGAUUUCGGGCUUGCAGUAAUUUUCCUACAAUUGGGUCGAGGGUUUUAUGGUCCUCCAGGGGCAGUACUCAGUAGUUGGUUUGAGAAUUUGACAUUAGUGUUUUUGUCAGAGUUGUAUUUUCGAUUUUGCAGGUUGGGGAGAUUUGUGCGGUUUCGGUCAAGUGUUGGCCAUCGUGGGCGGAUGGUACCCAGCCAUAUAAAUAAUUCAUUUUCAGUGCAUAAUAAGAAAUCAUGAAAAAAAAUGAUAAAAUAAUGGAAAGAUA